AUGAUAGAUGUUGAAGGUACUGAAAUUAGAAUAACUUGCUUUGGCGAUGUAGCAGAGAUGCAUUAUCACUGGGUUGAAGAAGGAGCAUAUUAUUGUGUCUCAAAAGGUUGCGUUAAGGAAGCCAACAAAAAAUGGAAUAAACUUAACAGUCAUCUUGAUAUUACUUUGGACCACAAUUCAAUAUUGAAGCAUUGUGAUGUCGUUGCUGAUGGUGAACAAAAUGCUUCUCGAUUCACACCAAUCAAUGAAAUUACAUACUGCAACAACAACACUUUAGUAGAUGUUAUUGGUGUUGUGGUUGGUGUUGGAAAACCCUCAAUAAUUAGUAGAAAGGAUGGAAGCGAAGAAAAAAAGAGGAUUGUAAAAAUAAAUGAUAUGUCAGCUUUUCAUAUCGAUGUUAACUUAUGGGGGGCAACAUGGGAAGGGUUAGGUGAAGAUUUGAAGAAUAUGCAUGCAUGCCAAACAACUAUGGUCCUUGUGGUCUCUAAUGCUCGUGUUGGUUAUUUCAAUGAAAAGGUUAUCAACACAACUACAACAACCACUCUGAAUACUUCUAUACCAGAAACAUAUACACUUAUUUCAAGAGGAAACAUUCCAAUUGACCUUUUGUCAUUGUCUUGUAUUGCUGGGAAGCUUAACUCGCAGUACAACAAGAUGACAAUUGCAUAUGUUUUAGAACGUACGAGUUUUCUCUCUUAA